GUUAAAUUCAUUUCAUUAAUGAAACGACAUCAUCAACUUAUCGUCUCAUAUUGUAUAUAAUUUAAUCAAUUCGUACAUCUUAAACGUCUUAUUUUACAUCCGUAUAUUGUGCUGUUAUUUUUUUUUUCCUUUUUCUCUGAAACUUCAUUGACAUUUAAGUCUCCUUACUAUUCAUUAUCGAUAUAAAAUUCACAUUUUUUUGACCGGCAUGGCGCCAAUAAAACAAUCACGAAAAAAGGCUACUACUUCUGAUUGCAAACAAAGAAGUUGCUGUUGUGCCGAUACUUCUGAAACUGAUUCUAGUGAUUAUUCCGAUAGUGAUAGUGACUCAUCUGAAACAUCAAAUUCAACUGAAUACUCAUCUGCUUCUUCAACUACAUCCGAUUCAACUACUGAUACCGAUGAACAAUCAUUCACUUGGGAAUGUAAUUGUCAAAAAAAUCGCAAACGUGGUGGGAAUAAAGUUGCUAAAGCUCGUGCUUCUGCUACAGAGAAUAAACGUUCUAAAAAACGUUCAUCACGUCGUAAAAAAUUAUCUUCAUCAUCUUCUUAUUCAUCAGACGAUUAUAAUCAUGGUUGCGGAUGCAAAUCAAGAAAAAAUCGUCGAAAUUAUUGUGUAUGAUAAUACUUCAUUUUUAUUUCUUCACUGAUCACUUAAGUUAUAUUUAUCAAUCAAUUAUUUUUUACCUUUUUAUUACUUUUUUCUAAAUUAACAAUUAAUCG